UUUAGGUCCGGGAUAAGCAGUUGGAAGAUGGAUGGGUGGAUGGAUGGAAGGACGGACGGAUGAAUGCUCUUUUUCUAAUAAUUGCUAGUAAAACGGUGAGACUUUCCCAAGUGCAAACUGCGACCUAUGAUGGGGACGCACAGCGGCUGGUAGGCGGCCGCGUUAACAGCAAAGAGACGGAAAGGUGCUGGACAGGGGGUCUGAAAGUUGCCGGACAGGGGGCCUGCGGAGCGGCAAGGCGACAGCGGCGGAGCCGUGGGGGGUCGCUGGGCUGCUGAACAAAACCUGGAGACCUGGCCGGUGGCUGGACAAAGAAACCAUGGAUCUGGAAAACAUCGUAGCCAACACAGUUCUGCUUAAUGCCAGGGAAGGAGGAGCUGGCAAUAGAAAAGGGAAGAGCAAGAAAUGGAAGCAGAUGCUACAGUUUCCACACAUUAGUCUCUGUGAAGACAUUGAACGACAGAUUGAUAAAGACUACUACAGCCUUUGUGAAAAGCAACCCAUCGGGUGGCUGCUUUUUCGGCAGUUCUGCGACACCAGAACCGAGCUUUCACAAUGCGUCCGGUUCUUGGAUGCGGUGGCGGAAUAUGACGUCAUCCCCGACACAAUGAGGAAGGAGUACGAGCAGAAGCUGAUAAAUACUUACUUCAACCUAAACUCCCAGGAGCAUGUUGCAGAGAUACCGGAGGAGAUCUUUCAGAAAUGCUUGACGAUUCUGAGUAAGGAGCCAUGUAAAGACCAGUUUAAGGAGUGUGCAAAGCUGGUCCAUGACUACCUGAGUGUGGGUCCUUUUGCUGAAUACCUUGAGAGUAUGUACUUUAAACGAUUUCUGCAGUGGAAAUGGUUAGAAAGACAACCAGUAACAAAGAACACAUUCCGUCAGUACAGGGUACUGGGAAAGGGGGGCUUUGGAGAAGUGUGCGCAUGCCAGGUGAGAGCUACAGGGAAGAUGUAUGCGUGCAAGAGGUUGGAGAAAAAGAGGAUCAAAAAGAGAAAAGGUGAAUCGAUGGCACUGAAUGAGAAGGAGAUCCUGGAAAAAGUGAACAGCAGAUUUGUGGUAAGUCUGGCUUAUGCUUACGAAACAAAGGACGCACUCUGCCUGGUGCUGACGCUGAUGAAUGGAGGCGACCUUAAGUUCCAUCUCUAUCACAUGGGCAAGCCCGGCUUCGACGAGCCAAGAGCGAUCUUUUAUGCAGCAGAGCUCAUCUGUGGGCUGGAGGAUCUUCACAGAGAGAGAAUAGUAUACAGGGACUUGAAGCCUGACAACAUAUUAUUAGAUGACCUUGGUCAUAUCCGUAUAUCAGACCUGGGGCUGGCGAUCCGCGUGCCCGACGGACAGACGGUGAAAGGCCGGGUGGGCACUGUGGGCUAUAUGGCCCCUGAGGUGGUGAGAAAUGAACCCUACGCCUUUAGUCCAGACUGGUGGUCCCUGGGUUGCCUGAUCUACGAGAUGAUCGAGGGCCACCCCCCCUUCCUGCAGCCUAAGAGGAAGCUCAUCCGAGAGGAGAUCGAGCAGAUGGUGAAGGAAGGGCAGGAAGAAUACUCCAGCAAGUUCUCUGAGGAUGCCAAAUCACUCUGCAAGAUGCUGCUGGCUAAAAGUCCCAGUGAUCGGCUGGGAUGUCAAGGGGGCGGAGCCAUAGAAGUGAAGUCCCACUCUCUCUUCAGGAUAAUCAACUUCACGCGGCUGGAGGCAGGCAGGCUGACGCCGCCAUUUGUACCUCAUCCCAUGGCUGUUUACUGCAAGGAUGUUCUGGACAUUGAACAAUUUUCCACAGUGAAGGGAGUGGAAUUGGAGCCCAGCGACAGCUCCCUCUACAGCAGGUUCUGCACUGGCUGCGUGUCCAUCACCUGGCAGAAUGAGAUGAUUGACACUGGCUGCUUUGAGGAGCUGAAUGUGUUUCCCCUGGAUGAGGUUCCACCCCCAGACCUGGCUGGGGCGAAUCACACAUCCCCUAAACCCAACGAGGGGCUACUAUACAGGCUGUUUUGGUGGCAGGACUGUUGCAGAAACUGCAGUGACAGUGAGGAAGAGCCGACAAGGUUGUGAUCUGUUUAGAGUCACCUGUUUUUUAUUUAUAGACACCGUUUUGUAUAUUUUUAGCUUUGUUUUGUUUUGGGUAUUUUUUUGAGUUACAAGAAUUUGAAAAUGCUGUAUGUAAUUACCCAGACAAAACACCUACUUUAAUAUGUGUACUGCUUGAAGUUAGUUUACUACUCUGAGUAGAAUGAAAAGAUCGAAAUUCACUGAUUGUAGACAUGCUGUUUAUAGGUAAAUGAGACGUGUCAUGAAAUAUGGUAUUUAAGUCAUGGAACAUAGUAUUUAAAUGUUUGUUCCUCUGUCAAAUCCCAGUUUAAUGAUUUGUAGUUUUGGGUUGUCUUGCAGUAGGCAGGGAUGGAUUACGGACCGGGCAAACUAGGGUCCCUGACCCUAUAGGGAGGGCGUUUGGCUGCCAAGGGCCCUUGAAUUGUGGUGGUUGUGGUGGUGGUGCUGGUGGUGGUUGGGGGGGGGCCCUCGUGAACGUUUUGCCCAGGGGCCCACACAAUCCAUAAUCCGUCCCUGGCAGUAGGAACUGUUUGCCUACAGAAACUAACGUCACAAAUCUGGGGAUUUAUUUUGGAAGAUUCUGACAUUGCAAAUUCCGGUCUCUAAAAUCUGGUCCCAAAAAUCAGUUUGGAACAUAGCUGAUUAAAAGAUCUUAACAAUUUAACACAACACAAACUUAUUUAUGUUGUGAGUCAAAAUAUGAAUGGGGAGGUAAUUGAGAUUGAAUUAAAAUAUUUAUUUGCUAUAAAACGGAAGAAAAUCAAGAAAUGGAUGCUCCAACAUGAUGAGCCUGUUGACCUUCUGUAGGUGUGUCCAACCAGGCAGGCCUGUUCCCUUCACUAAUACAGGUUUGUUUCAGCCAGACACCAAGUGCAUUCAUCUUUCAGCUCAUAAAUUACUCCUUUCCCAUCAGGUCGCUGAUAUAUUUCGCAUUGACCUCAAAAUAGCACUACUGUGUGUCGUCUGGCAUAUUUGUAAGUGUGUAUUUCCCUAUUUUAGGCACCACCAAAGAAAUGUUAACUAGUAAGCUAUGGAUGGAACACGUGAAGCUACCUUUCAAUUUGAGUGAAAGAGUUGCCCUGAUUUGAGGUCCCGUCAAUACUACAGGCAACUCGACCAGCUGCCAGUGAUGGCCAAAAUGACUCUUCAUGAACCAUUUGCUGUAUUUUCUGAUUCUACUAGAUCAGUGGUUCUCAAAGUCGGUCCUCGGGCCCCACUGCCCUGCUUGUUUUCCAGCUAUCCCUGCCCCACACACAAGUCCCAGCUGUCUUUCAGCUUCUGAUUGACUGAACACACCUGAUCCAGGUAAUCGGCAGUGUGUAGGGCAAGGAUAGCUGGAAAACAAGCAGGGCAGUGGGUCCCGAGGGCCGAGUUUGAGAACCACUGUACUAGAUGUUGGUCUCUGUUCGAAAAAGGGCUCCAAGCAUGGUCCAAAGUAAGCCAAGAGCACCAUCUAGUGGGGUCAGAAAAUAUAGCAAAUGGUUCUUGAAGCACCGUUUUGGCCAUUACUAGCAGUCUCCUAAGGUGUCCAGUCGUGAAGAGAUUACUGGUACGAUAAUGGCUUACAAUGGGGAUGGCUUUUUGCCAGUACUGCUAAACUGGCAUACUUCAGAUGCAUCAAAAAUUAUUUUUUAAAUGUAAGGAAUUAUUUGCUGAAGUCAAGCCACAUCGGUUCAUAUUGUAUUCGCUAAUGUAUUUAAUAAUCACAUGUAAAUAAUGGCUCUCUCCUGAAUUUUAUUCUGUUUUUGAUAAUAUAAUAGAUUAUAGGUAUAUAGGAAAUUAGCUAAUUUAUUGGAGCCAAAUUUAACCUUCCCAAGACAAUGACCUGUAUCAUACAGACAAAUUCAUGUAUGCAUGUCAUUGAUGAAUGUCAGUAUUUCAGUGGAAAAGCCUGGCAGUUUUUAACAUGUGUUUGCAAGUUCUUUGUCCAGAGUAUUUAAUUGGUUAACAGGAGAGAGGUAUAUAUUUGACACAUUAUUGGAAUUGAUAAUUCACAGCUACUGCACUGUAGAUCUCAAGAACUGUGAGGUGACUCUUUUAAAAAACAGGGAAAACAACAGAAUUUUGCAAGCAGUGUGGGCACAUUUAUGGGCACAUUGCUAGUAGUGUGCUAUUUAUCCAUGGCAAUAUUGCUUAGCCAUUUUGUACCUAGCAUUAGCAUUAAAUCACAAUAGAACUAAAAAAAUCUGAAAGGUAUUUUUAAAGGUUUAAAGGUACUGAGGCACUUAAUCUGUUGCAGGAUGCACUACAUGUGCUCAGAAGGAAUUUCAAAAGUUGCUGAGUUUCAGAUCUUGUGGGGAAAAUGGUCAGUUUGUUUACAUAUGCUUAGAGAUGUCUUUGUGUUUUGUAUAAGAAUUAGUAAAUAUGCAAUUUCCAUUAAAUAGUUUCCAAUAUGAUAUAUUCCUUGUAUUGUGAAGGGGAGAAGUUUGACGUAUUUAGCUUUUACCAAACAAUGAAUUCUUAGUAUUAAUUGACCUAUGGACUGUUAAAUUGUUACAGGUGGCUUAAUAAGUAACUAUAUUACAGGGGAUUUAUGCCCCUGUUGUUAUUUUACCUCCUGUCCUGUUUUUUAUUAAGUAAUGUGAGAAAAUUAUCAGGAAAACACUGACAUAAUUUCCAUCCAUCCAUUUUCUUUACCUGCUUGUCCUAUUUAUGAAUAGGUUUCUGGGCCCGAUUCGGGAAGUUACGGGCGUAAUUAUAGAUAAUUAUUGCCUUGUGAAAAUGAUUUUUUCGGUAUUUAAAUAUUGACACUUGAAAUUUUGGUUUACAAGCUGCCUGUUAGAAAUCUGUCAGUUGAAUUUUGUCAACACCAAUGUAGUUCCCAGUCAUAAUGACAAAUAAUGAUAUUAAAUUGUGCGACUGAGGACAUUCCAGCUACUGCACAUAGGAAUAGAGAAAACCUCCCUAUGAAGUUUUGCUUUGCAUUAUGUUUUAUUGUCAAAUUAUACACUACAUACAACAGCAAUAUUGUAGGCUAUGCAAGAACACACUCAUGGUUUAAAGGCUGAAAUGCACAGCAAUUUGUCAUAACAGUGCAAAUGCAUAUUUACUUUAUGCCCUUUGUUGCUGUUAUGGCAACAAAUUACCGUAUAUUUUAGCAUUCAUACUGCAAAUGCAUACUUGCUUACCAGUUAUGUCAAUGCCUGGAUUAUAGGAAUAUUGUGUAGUAACUCUGCUUCUGUGGCCAAGUGCAGAAUAAACUGUUUAAACUUUACCACCAUGACUGCAAAAUAAAGAUUUCUGUAAAUGGUUUUUGAUCAGAAAGAACAGCCUCUCACUGUGAUUGCAUUUAGGUUCAGUCUGAUGACACUGUAGUGUUUUCUUAUGUUAUAUCUGUGACAAAUCAGUCUGUAAAUUGUAUUUAUUUUUCUAGGCAUUUACAAAAUACUUUUUUUUUUCUUUCACUGCCACCUCUUAGGGCCUGUUUUUUUAUAACCAUCUGUGAGUUCUGGAUGUUUAUGAACAUUUAGUGUUACAUAUUUAUAUUUCAAAGGUAACAUUUUAACAGCUACUUUAUUACACCAGGUGCACCAUAAAGGGUGAUCCUUUAUCGAGCGACUUCUACAAAGAUGAGAAGCAGAUUUUGGCUUGUAAUAGCUAUUUGCAUUUGCUGUUGCUUAUGACAGAAAUAUGGCAAAACAAAAGCACCAUAAUCGAAAUAACUGUGCUAAGGAUGGCUUUUUGGUUUAUUUUGGGAAGGUUUGUAUUAUUAUGGGUGAUUUUUCUCUGAAAUGUAAACCAGAUGAUAAGCCAUAAAAUAACUAAAUGUC